AUGGACUUAUGCAAGUCCCCUACCCAAUCGGUUGACCCCCAAUCACCAUCUGGCGGAACUGCCGCAACACAAUCUGACGGAACACCAUCUAAUGGAACUGCAGCACCGCAAUCUGACGGAACUGCAGUACCCCAACCUGACGGAACAGCUGCACCCCAAUCUGACGGAACACAACCUGACGGACCAUCGGUCAAAACGCUAUUUGGCACACCAUCUGAUGGAGUGCAGCAAGCAGCACAAGACGCUCUAAAGAAAGCUGAUCAAGAUGUGGUCCGCGAUUGGGAAGCAUUGCUGAAGAAGGACAGAGCAAAUGACGUCUUGAAGGCUCUAGAUCGGAUACAAUGGGAGAACAAGGACAUAAUGGCUCUCGAUGUCGACGCUAUCGUGAAUACUGCUAAUGCGAAAUUGAACUUCGCUGAAGCGGGUGGCAUCUCUGGAGCCCUCCACAAGGGAAUUCCUAAGCUCCAUGAGGCUGGUCAAGAGUUCAACCAGAGCCAUGGCAACCUAAAGCCAGGGGAGGCAGUCGUUUUUCCGAUUGACUGCAAGUACAAGUGUAUCGUCCACGUAUUGGGCCCCCAAAUCGCGUCAAACAGCACUCGAACAAUCCAGGAGUGCAAAGACCUGGUUCAAUCCUAUGACAGUGUGUUUGACCAGGUCAAGAACGUGAACGAAAAGGGUGGUACGAUUCGGUCCAUUGGAAUGCCCUCCAUCAGUACAGGUAUAUUCAAUUAUCCUCUGGAUGAAGGUACUGUAAUUGCUGUCACAAGGAUUAUUGAGGGCUUGAUUAAUCAACAAUCCCUCAUAGUCGUGAUGAACAGGUUUAACGAGAAACUGGUUCAUGGACUUGUCAAUCUGCUGGUUCUUUCACACUCGUGA